GAAGUGCGCGUGAACAGAGGAAGAACGUGAGGUCUAGACGGAAAAAAACAUAUUGAGAAAAACCAAAAACGCUAUCCUAAAUACUAACGACGAAAAGAUAUCUUAUAGAUACUUUGGUUUUGCGUGCAGUUUGUAAACUGGAAACCUCUCGGCAACAGCAACACAAACAACAACAACAAAAAGAGUAACAGAAACUUGUGUGUUUAAGUGAAUUACUAAAGAAACGUAGCUGCCAAUUGCAACAACACAAAAAACAGAAAAAAAAAAAUAAACUUUCGAAACCUGAGAUAGAAAAGUAGUUCAGAGCGUGAAAUACUCGUAAGACUUGACGGUGGCGGUGUGAGAUAUACAUAUAUUUUUUGGCGAAUUGUGAAACAGUUUUUGAUCUGACAACAGAGAGAAAAAGCGAAAAAGAGAAAGAUAGAGAAAGAGAGCCGUAAAGGCACUACAAAAGGCAGUAAAGCGAAAGCGAAACGCGACAAAAAGUGCACUUUUCUACUACAUAUAUCUACUAUAUAUACAUAUAUAUAAAUAUAUUGCUGGCAUUCCACGUAAUUCCACGCAGGAAGUUCUCCAUAUUCAUAAACAAGACCUCAACAACAGAUACAUCAACAUACAAUAACGACAACAACAAUACAAAACCAAACUCUGCCAUAACGGAUAGGCUCCUUUUGGAUUAAACAACAAAUAAACACAAGUCGAUUUUACGAUGGAAGUGGAGGCCAGCUACCCCAAAUAUGCCGGACGUGUGCCACCCCUCGAUCUAUCUCAGGUCAAUGCCGGUGCCGAGCAACAACUGCAACAACUGUGGGCAAAUGCAGGAAAUGCCACACAGAAGCGUCAUCAUCCCUACCAUCAAGUGUUGGACAAAUGUCGCGGCGGUUUGGCCCUAAUCAGUAGUAGUGAUGAUAAUAACAAUAAUACAACCAACAUCAACACCUCCUCCACCGCUGCAACAAUGAUGAUGAACAAUAAUCAUCAUCAACACCAAACAAUCCUGCAUCCCAUGGGCUCGGAUGGUUUGCCCUUAGAUCCUCGUGACUGGACCAGAGCAGAUGUAUGGAAAUGGCUUAUCAAUAUGGCCGUUUCAGAGGGUCUUGAAGUCACACCCGAAUUGCCACAGAAAUUUCCAAUGAAUGGCAAAGCCCUGUGCCUGAUGAGUCUGGAUAUGUAUCUGUGUCGAGUUCCAGUCGGUGGCAAAAUGCUCUAUCGUGAUUUUCGAGUACGUUUGGCUAGAGCCAUGGCUAUCCUAUCCUAAGCAUCAAUCCAAAUCGUUUACAACUCUUGAGUGAAUUUACAAAAAACCCAAAAUAGAAUCACUAAUAUAGAACUAAAUAUAUUUUAAGUAGGUUGUAUAUAAAUUUUAGUUUGAGUUUAGCUCUUAACUAGUCGCUAGGGCUCUCACUAAGUUUUAAGUUUUAGUUCUAAUUGCAUUUGGUUUGUAAUUAAUAAGUAUAUCAAAUAAUAUGAUGAUGAAAUCUUCCAUCUACCCCCCGAAAAGGUGGUGCAUCGGAUGAAGUUGUUCAAAUGCUGUCCUAUUAGUUAUCUAAGUUAUAAAACAAAAAAACAAAAAACACAAUGAA